GGGCCAUACAUUUUUUUUGGGUUGUUUCAGUAAUCGACAAAAUACAACAUGAUCGGGCUCAAAGGAACUAUGUCUGUUAUUGAUAACUCUGGCGCAGUCAUUGCCGAGUGCAUUAAAGUAAUGAGCGGAGGAAGAUACGCUAGACUUGGUAAGCUGACUGAAGCACUGCUCAUUCUCGAUUUCUCCAAUCUCAUUCAUACCCUUGCAGGCGAUGAGAUUGUUUGCGUUGUCAAGCGAGCUAGACCUAUCAACCCCAGUUUAAUCGGAACACAAGCUGCCUCUCUCAAAGUCAAGAAGGGAGAUGUCAGACAUGCAGUUAUUGUUCGCACAAAGAAGGAAGUCGGCCGACCUGAUGGUAGAUAUAUCCGCUUCGACGACAAUGCCUGCAUUCUUUUGAACCAGAAGAAGGAGCCACUUGGCACUCGUGUUCUUGGAGUAGUUGCUGCAGAAUUGAGACAGAAGAAGUGGAUGAAGCUCGUUUCACUCGCUCCACGAGUAGUCUAGAUGAUUACUCCCUUUUUCCAAAGACCAUUAUGUAUAGACAUGUAGAUUUCCGAUUCCUGUUGCAAGCCCAAUCCAUAUCCCACAGACAAAUCUUGUUAGAUAAACGCUCGAAUUAUUCAUUAGUAUACAUACGGAGUUUUGCAACAGACUUGCAUUGGGCAAUGUUUAGAUGUAUGACUAGCAAAAUAGGGUUGUACCGGGUGCUGUCAAAAGUCAGAUUGUAGGCAGGGGAUCAUCUGAGCGUAAGCUGUAUACAAUACAAAGUAGCUCGCUGGUCUAUGCAGUAUUGCCUUACUGUACAAAAAUAAGUUCUUAAUUGCCC